AUGACUACAAAGACGGCUCUUCUCGUUUUAGCGACGACGCUCGUCGCUGCAACGUCCGCGACGCCGGUCGACCCGGAAAGGACGGAGGCGUUUCGCUUCCUGCGAGCGUACGAUUUUCUGAGGGACGGAGGAUCGCUGUCGUCCGAUAACGCGACGUCUCUGCAUCGCUAUCUGUUUCAAGAAUAUUAUCAACUACCUGGUAAUGGCGCGCUAAACGUCGAUAUGCUCAAUCUCAUGCGCAAACCGCGAUGCGAUCUAGCGGACAUUCCCGAUCGCGCGUACAGCCCGUUCGCGAAAAAAUGGCCGAAAACGAGACUCACGUGGAAUUUUCAAGUGGCUAGCAAGGAACUCUUACGAACGACCGAAGCGGCGUUCGCGCUAUGGGCGGCGAAUCCAGGAGGAGGCCUCGCUCACGCAUUCUUCCCCAUCGGAGCGGUCGACUUCGUCUCGGAGGUGCACGUUGAUGACGAGGAACCGUGGCACGUGCUUCUGAACAAGAAUCCUUCUAACAAGUAUCAUCUAUUGCUAACGCUAACUCACGAGAUCGGCCACACCUUAGGUCUGCAGCACAAUAUGCGCAACGACUCGGUGAUGUUUCCGUAUAUACCCGACAAGGAGCUUCAAUAUCCGGUUAAACUAAGCGUAGAGGAUAUCCUCGCUAUACAGAAUCUGUACGGAUCUCACGACGGAAAUCGGCCCGCGAUUCCCGCCACCACCGCGGUGCCCGCUACCACCGUAGCGCCGACGACUGGUGUUGCGCCGACCGAUCCGUCGCGUGCGGAUCUUUGCGCCUUACGGCGCCUAGACGCGGCCUUAAUAAUAAGUCAGCCGCUUCAUUAUCAACGGCCACCGAAGCUCGCGAACGAAACGGCGAACGAAGAUGUACGCGGCGAUGGAAUUGCCGCAACACACUCUUUCGAGGAUCGAUCGAGGUUCGCCGAACGAAACCGCGAAGAUAACGCGGGAUAUUCCAAGACAGCUCGAACAGACAACGGCAGCGACCGAACGCCGAGACGCAACGCGAACAACGCGAUCGCGCGACCUCUCAGGAUCUUGGGAAGAUGCUACCCAUUAACGAAAACGGGAUACAAGCAUCUGGAAGUCUGUAUCAACGUCAAUCGAUCUUCGUUCGUGGAAAUCAUUCUUGGAGAUAGUCACGGCAAAGAGAUCUCGUUAACGCCGGAUACAUGGAAGGAGCUGCUCGAUCUACGAUCCACGCUCGAGUCAUACUUUCAGUACGACGAGCGCGAAGAGACGCUCCCUCCGGCACUGAUAUACAUCGGGCAAUUGACGCUUCGAUUCGGCAGAUUAAACAAUCUCCGAAUUCUCCGUUUAGAAACGCCUAAGGUUCAUCUGGCUAUAUCGAGAAACACCAUCUUAUACGUACUACAUCUGGAGCAUUGCGUCAACUGUCUCGUUACGUCCUUGAACUGUUUAAUCACUUACACCGAUAACAAACUGGCUCGUUUCCUCGACGUCGCGGCGGGCGCUCGCGACCCCGCAGUCAUCCCCGCGACAACAAGAACUUCGAUCGCAACGAGCUGA